AUCCACGAGUGAGUCCUCCAUGUGGGGGGGGGGAUGAUUAUCAACAAGGAUGGCCGGACACCCGGAGACUAAGGCUCAGCCCACCAACUCUGUGGCCACAAUAUUUCAUACAAUGGAAUAUGGACCAGCUCUGGAGGAUGAUAAAGUAGCGCAAGCUUGGCUUGAUGACCAUGGUCGGAAAUUUGGUCAUUUCAUUAACAACACUUGGGUUCAUCCUGACGAUCGGAAGACAUACGAGACAAAGGAUCCUUGCAGUGGGUCUGUUUUAGCAUCAACCAUUCAGGGUACUCAGGAGGAUGUCAACCAAGCUGUUGCUGCAGCAAAAAAAGCCUUCAAGACUUGGAGUGCUCUAUCAGGCCAUGCAAGAGCUCGCUACUUGUACAGUAUUGCCCGUCAUGUUCAGAAGCAGGCUCGUCUACUGGCCGUGUUGGAAUCCAUGGACAAUGGGAAGACCAUUCGAGAAACACGAGACUGUGAUGUACCCUUAGUUGCACGACACCUUUACUACCAUGCUGGCUGGGCUCAGUUGAUGGACUCGGAGAUGGUUGGCUGGAAGUCAGUUGGAGUGGUUGGUGCAAUUGUCCCAUGGAAUUUCCCAUUAAUGCUGCUGGCAUGGAAGGUGUGUCCUGCUCUGGCGAUGGGUAAUACAGUUGUCUUGAAGCCAGCUACCAAUACCCGUUUAUCGGCUCUCCUCUUUGCCGAGAUCUGUGCUGAGGCUGGGCUACCUGCUGGAGUGUUUAAUGUGAUAACUGGUGGAGGCGCAAUGGGUUCCAUGCUUGCAACUCAUCCAGAUGUUGAUAAAGUGGGAUUUACCGGCUCUACUGAUGUUGGCCAGGUCCUGAGGAGAGCCACUGCAGGCACUGGAAAGAAACUCUCACUUGAACUUGGAGGGAAGAGCCCUGUAAUUGUGUUUGACUCUGCAGACCUAGACUCAGCAGUUGAGGGCAUUGUUGACGCCAUCUGGUUCAAUCAAGGGCAGGUUUGCUCUGCUGGUUCACGCCUCCUGGUUCAAGAGCCUGUGUUUGAUAGGUUUAUUGAAAAAGUAAAGCAGCGUAUGAAGACACUGAGGAUGGGUUCAUCAUUAGACAAAACCAUGGAUAUGGGAGCCAUCAUUGAUCCAACACAGCAUAAAUUUAUUGCCGAGUAUGUUAAUUAUGCUCGUAAGGAAGGAGCAGAGGUAUUUCAAGUUGAUGCUCCUUCAGGAUGUUUCUAUCCGCCAACCUUAAUCACCGGUGUGGGCACUACAUCUUGUACUGUCAUGGAGGAGAUAUUUGGCCCUGUUCUUUGUGCCAUGCCAUUUAGAACUGCCAAGGAGGCCAUAUCUUUGGCUAACAAUACCAUAUAUGGCCUGGGUGCCUCAGUCUUCUCAGAACAGAUGACUCUUGCCAUAGAGACUGCCAAGAUGAUCAAGGCAGGUACUGUGUGGAUUAAUUGCCACAAUAUGUUUGAUGGUGCUGCUGGGUUUGGUGGAUACAAGCAGAGUGGCUAUGGCAGGGAUGGAGGCAAAGAAGGUCUCUUUGAGUAUGUGAAACCUUCAUGGCAAGGCCGCCUAAGUUUUGAGACUCCUGAACUAGACUGUGCCAAAUUUGGUGCUUCUUACAUGGCAGACCGGCCUUCAAUCACUCCAGCCAUUCCAGAGAUGGUUGGUAUUGAUAGAACACUGCCGCAGGUGGAUAGAACAUACAAGCUAUAUUAUGGUGGAGCUCAAAAGCGUCCAGAUGGUAACUACUGCCGCGUGAUCAAUGAUGCCAACGAUAGAGCUUUUGCCCUCGUUGGAGAGAGUAACAGAAAGGAUGUUCGCAAUGCAGCUGAAGCAGCCAGCAAAGCUCAACCUGGCUGGGACAAGCGAACAGGCUUCAAUCGAUCUCAGAUUCUCUUCUAUUGGGCUGAAAACCUGGAACAACGACGUCAAGAGUUCAUAGACCACUUGGUAGCAUUGACAGACCAAAGCACAGAAGCAGCUUGCCUGGAGGUGGACAGUACAGUGGCUAGACUCUUUCAUUGGGCAUCUUUUUGUGACAAAUAUGGUGGGGCUGUUCAAGAAACUCAGAUGUAUGGCACUGUUCUGAAGAUUCAUGAAGCAGUGGGGAUAAUAGGGAUAGCGUGUCCUGAUAAUGCUCCACUGCUAAGUUUUGUGUCGCUGGUUGCUGCAGCAGUUGCUCGUGGUAAUGCAGUAAUAGCAGUACCAAGUGAGAAAUAUCCAACUGUAGCACUCUCUCUUUACCAGGUUCUAGAAACUUCAGAUCUUCCUGGAGGAGUAAUCAACAUUCUAACAGGUUCUCGAGACCACAUUACCAAAUACUUGUCGGAGCAUCAAGAUCUCCAGGCAAUGUGGUACUUUGGAAGCUUAGAAGGAUCCAAGUUUGUGGAGUAUGCUUCAGCAGUUAAUGUCAAACGCACCUGGGUGAACUACGGCUUGAACCGUGACUGGUUUGACCCCCACCAAGGACAGGGUGAAGAGUUCCUAUAUCAUGCUACACAGGCUAAGAAUAUCUGGUUAACCAUGGGAGAUAUAUUUGCUAACUGAAGCAGGCAAAUCUGGGAUGUAAACCUCAUUACCUGUGCCAUUGUUAUAGUAAUAGCAUAGUAACCAUGUCCAUAAACAGUGAGAAUGCUGUCUACGUAAUAUUGCAUGACAAAAUCCUCAAACACAGCGGGUCCAGCUCGAGUAUCUCCACUAGUAUUUGUGGUGCACAGGUGCCGACCACAUCGCUGAGGGACCGGAACAUGGUAGAGCUUGGUGCAGUCUCAGGUAGGUCAAAGCAUGCAUAACUUGGCAGAUAAUAAUUAUAUUGUUUUGUACUCUAGUGUUUCCAUUAUUUAAUUUUUACAUGUAGCAUAACUAGUAUCAGUGAUUUUGGGAAAUUAUAUAAAGUGGUUAAUUUGGCAUUCAUCAAAAUAGUUUCUGUAAAUAUUUAAGAUAAAUUCUGUAGUGCUGUAUGUUGAACCAAGACGUAUCAAAAUAGUCAUUGGGUUUAGUUGAUCAAAACAAAAUAUUUUUUUUUUUUUUUUUUUUAAGUACAGUGGCACCUUUGUUUAUGAAUUUAAUCCGUUCCCAGAGACAGCUCAUAACCCGAAACGAAUUUUCCCAUAAGAAAUAAUAUAAAUUUAAUUAAUCCGUUCUGCACUCUCAAAAAUAUUAACCUCAAAAUACAUUUCAUACAUAAUACACACAAAAAUUUAGUACUAUAGUAUGUACAAGUUAUAGCUUACCUUUAUUGACGACUCUUGUUGGCAUAUGGAAGAUGAAGUGGGGAGGGGGUGGGGGGUGUUAGUGGCUGGAUGAGGAAUCCCCCUCCAUUAUAAAAUCAGGCAGUGAUAACGUCUCUGGGGAUACACUCUCUCCUAUGUUUUGCAGGAGUACCACUAGGACCUGAUUGUGGCUCACUGCUUGAAUUUCUAAGAACCUUUCCAUAGACUUGUUUUUUCUCUAUGGUCAUCUUCACAUGUGUUUUCUUAGGUUGAACCUUAGCACUGACUUUCUUGGGACCCAUGGCAUGGUAUAUAAUAAUUACUUUUAUGUUUAGAAACAAAAAAAACUGAAAAACAAUUAAAUUCUUUACAAAGAAUUCAAGCGCGGUCAUCACAACGUGGGAGGCAGGGUCGCUCGUUGCACUAGGAACCACGCGCUCAGUCGACCCAUACGUAUAUCAACAAACACACAGCUCAAGGCAAAGCUCAUAAACUGAAUCAAAUUUAAAAAGAAAUUUAGCUCAUAACUGAAAUUUUUUUGUAAAUAUGGGCAUUCGUAAGCCGAGGUUCCACUGUACUUAUUUUGUUAUUUGAUUUCAGUAGUUUUGAUUGCAUGUUUAUUAAAAAUGCAUGAUAAUGAAAUAUGUGUAGAGCAUUCAGGCAAUUUGUUCAAAGUAUUAUAGUAUAUUGCACAUAUUUUGAAAUGGCAUCAAAAGAUUUAUGAUGCUGGUACAAAUUUUGUCAAAGAGCUCCUAUUAUAGUGUACAAUAUGAAGUUCAAGCUGGAUAUGCUGUCUGUACAAUAUAAUGUUACUUACCCAUAGAGAAUCAAAAACCAAA